AAUAGUACUAGCGCAUCCGCUCACUGACGUAGCUCUUACAUCCGCUGUAGUUUUUUCUUUGCACAGCACCUUGAUUUUGUCUCGCUCGCAUUUACAUUUCAAACACAACUGCGGACCCAGCUUUACACAUUCUUUAUUUAGCUGGCCAUGUCGGACCCUUUAGUAGUGCUUCCAAUGGAUAUUUCCAUUCUGAUAUUUGGAAACAUGGCGCUGCACGAGAUUGCCCGCUGCAUGCUAGUAUCUAAAAAGUGGUACUAUUCGCUCGAUAGGUGGUCGGUUCUAUGGAAGAACAUCGAAAUAAGCGACAUUGCACCCAGCAACAGCCUAGCCACCAGUCGCGCAGAUCUUGGAUUUCGGUUGGCAAACAGAACAUCAACGCGCGACACCUCGGAUCACAGUGACAUAUUCAAAUCGCGACUGCUGUACGACCAGAACCUCAAAACGCUUGCACGCAGGGCAGGACCAGCACUUUCAAGGCUGUCAUUGCCCUUUUCGCCGUUAAUAACGGACGUCGGGUUGGCGACGCUGAUUCACUUUGGGUGCGUUAAUAUUCGAGCUCUCGAGAUUCGGGCCAACAGACAUAUCACCAACGGGAUGCUCGAGACCCUUAUUGACAGGAUCGGCAGCCGGCUGGAGCACGUUGCGUUGAGCACUACCGAAAUAUCGGACUUUGUCGUACAGCGGCUGCUUGUCAGCGCCCCAAACCUGACGCGCCUGGACCUGUCCUUCUGCCGCUUUAUCACGGUCGAUGCGUUUCCCGUGGCUGAAACAUCCGAGUUUGUAUUUUCCUUUACGCAGAAUCCCGGCGUGCCAAUUGGCGAUGAAGACGGCAGCCUGUCGGCGUUAAAUGAUGGCAGGGACUGGCACCGCAUGUUUUCUGUCGACAAGCAGUCUUUGCCAAAACUCAAAGUUUUGCUGCUCAGCGGGUGCAAGGAAAUUACCGACUCUGCGAUCCGCAGGAUUUUCUAUGCGUUUGCCCACAGCCUCUGUGUCCUCGACAUUUGCCACACAAAGGCCUCGUUUAUGGCGCUCCACUCGAUUGCCACAGAGCACAGGCGGCCAUUGAAGCUGCAAGCGCUGAUGAUGAACAGCAUCCCGGGGCACGACGAGAACAACGAGGAGUUGAUGGGUAUUACCAAUGGUGGUUUCGGGCUGCCGCUCGAUGUUGUUGAUAAUUUGGCGACCAGAAUCCCCGAUCUAAUGCAGUUGUGUCUCGGCGGCGGCAUCAGCCUAGUUAGCGACGAUCUGCUUGUCGGCAUUUUGCGCCACUGCCGCGGGCUGCUGUUCAUCGAUGUCCAUGAUGCCUUGCGGGUGGGCGAUCGUACCCUGUUUGCGCUAUCGGAGAACUGCACCGGGCUGCGAUCUGUGAAUCUCAGCGGGUGCCUGUCGUGCUCAGAUGCUGGCGUAAUUCCACUGGUCCGCAACUGCACUUUUAUAACCCACCUCGAUCUGUCGGCAAUUGACAUCAGCGACGACAGUCUGGCUGCUAUUGGGGACCACCAGCUGCAUCUAAAGAGUCUGUUGUUGGACUUUUGCCGACGCAUAACGACCAACGGGAUCAAGGUUGUUGUUGAAGGGACUACAGGUCUGGGAUGCAUGUUUACGCUGACUGAGCUGAGCUUUAUUCAAUGCCGGAGGGUCAGCGACGAGGCGGUCGACUGGUGCAAGGAGCGCAUGCUGCCCGAUGCUGUCGUGUCCUUUAAAUUCAAUUAUCGCUAAACAUUAAUAAACCCUAGUGGGUUACCAAAAAUGAUUUAAUCCGAGUGCAUUU